CAGUAAGCAGCUACAGGCACUUUGAGAAGAAAGGAAGAAAGGAAAAGCAAUGCUCUGAUGGGUACUAUGGAGUUUAAAAAAGACCCCAGUCCAGUAGCUCUAGAAAUGCUUCUUAUAGUCCAGCCUGAGAAGAGGAAGACUGUGCAAAGGUUGCAGACAGACAAACAGACGGAGAGCCAUGCUUCAUGCUCCAGCCAAGGUUUUCAAGGGGAUGGCAAUGGAAACAAUGAACUACAACAAUACCACGUAAAUGGCAUUCAUGGCACUGCAGUUCAGAUGCAGCAAGUCAUUACUUCCUGUUCAGCCCAAGGAACCCAUGUGACAGUAGAGGUACAUGCUAGAAAUUCCACACCACAGUUAUUCAAGAAGCUCUCUUUGGGGAAAAGUUUUCAAGAGAAUGGAAAACGGAGAACCCGUCCACCUGGUUUGAAAGACCAGCAUGCUUAUCCAUGGGACAAGAUGUGCCUGAAAUCCAUGCCUUUUGACCUGAAACAGUUUGAGAAAUUAGAUGCAUAUGCAAAAAAGGUGACCACCAAGAGUAGUGUGGAGGAGCUAGUGAAAACCUUGCUCCGUGUAGCACAUACUGACCUGGAAAAAGUUAGGGCCAUCUGGACAUGGAUAUGCCACCAUAUAGAAUAUGAUGUUGUGGGGUUCUUUAACAAAGAAAAGCUGUCUUUCAAGCCCAAGGAUGUCCUUCAGAGUGGCAAGAGUAUUUGUGAAGGAUACGCUGGGCUUUUUGAACAAAUGUGCAGCAUCGCAGGAGUACAAUGCAUGAAUUUAUCUGGUUACUCUAAAGGCCAUGGCUACAGGUCUGAGCAGACCUUGGCAAGAGAGUAUGACCAUGCCUGGAAUGCUGUUUACCUUGAUGGACGGUGGCAUUUGGUGGACAGCACAUGGGGGAGUGGAUCCAUUGAUGACUGUUUCAGCAAAUUUACCUUCAGAUACAAUGAAUUUUACUUCCUCACACACCCUGCCCUCUUUAUUAAUAAUCAUUUCCCAGACAACAGCAACUGGCAGCUACUCAAACCAAUGGUGACACUGGAACAGUUUAAAAGCAACAUAUUAUACAAGAGUGACUUCUACAAGAUGGGAUUGCUAGCAGCCCAUCCACAAACAGAAAUUAUUCAAACAGUAAAUGGGAAAGUUGCAAUAGAUGUGGAGAGCCGUUUCCCAAUGCUGUUCAUGUUUGAGUUGAAAGGGGAAAAGGAGUAUAGCUUGAUGAUGCUGAAGAGGAAUGGAAUGAAACUGGAACUCUAUCCUCAGAAGACAGGGAAUCACAAGCUACAGAUCUAUGCCAAACCAUCAAAAGGCACAGAUGAAGUCUACAGCUGUGUGCUAGAAUACACCAUAGAGUGCACUGCUGUAGACAGGAGCAUAUGCUUUCCAAAUGAGCUCCAUCAACCUGUUGGACCCAGCUGGUUCACAGAGAGGCAAGGAUUCCUCAAACCUUCACAAAAAGACCCAAUUAUUCAUACCAGCGAUGGCCGCUUUGACCUCAGCUUCAUCCUCAGUAAAGACUUGAGUGUUCUAGCCUCACUGCAUUCAGAUGACAUAAGCCUCAGUGAGGACAUGAGAAGACGGCAUAUUUUGCAAGUCUGUCAAGGGAAUCAGAUAGACUUUAAGAUCCAUCUCCCUCAUGCAGGAAACUUUGCUUUCAAAAUUUUUGCUAAGAAGAAGUCAGAUCCUGGCAAUUAUAACUAUGUCUUCAACUACCUCAUCUGUUGCCCAAAUGCAGAAGUCAAAUGGCCUAUGUUCCCCCAGAAUUAUAGCAAGUGGGCAGAAGGCUAUGAGCUGGUGGAGCCUUUAGCUGCACUGCUACCAGCCAACCGCAACAUCAAGUUUAAACUCAAGCUUCACAGCAUUGCCAAGGCCUUUGUUCAAUGUGAAAAAACCUGCCCUUUAACCCUAAGUAAGGAUGGUUACUGGGAAGGAUCUUGUACCACUUCUGGCUGCACAGAGGUGUAUGUGAUGGUGCUGGAGAACGCUAACCACAAGUUCUACUCACACAUCUUGAAAUAUGAAGUAGAGGCACAGUAAGAGGCCACUCCUGCUCUUCUCAUCUGUCCAAAUGAGAGCGACAUUUGGCAUAUUUACAAUCCAUACAGCACUGAACAGUCUCUUUCACUCUAAAUUGGGCAGCUCUUAUAAGCAGCAGAAAAACUUCCCUUUGGUUUUCAUCAGUAUUAUGCAAUGAGUGAAGUUUAUAGGAAAUGUAGCUUCCAUACCUAUGUAAAGAGAAAUAAGAUGUUCCAUAUAAACAAUUGCAAGCUAGUAAUAGUCUAGCACCUAAAAAAGACAUUCAUGCAUAUCUUCCCAUCCACCCCAUUAUCUUGGGAUGCAGAUUUCCCAAGAGGUGAUUUCUGAAUAACUGUGUUGAACAAAAACAUUAUUGUAAAUCACAAGGGGGCAUUCGAUAACUCAUUCUAUACCAGGGAGAGUGGAGGACCAUACAUUUUCAAGCAUCAGUGCAAGAGUAAGUGCAAUAACCAAACAAGACAAGUGCUCUUGCAACAUGAUCAUAUAAGAGGAAUCUUUGAGUGCACUUCAUUGUCUUAUAAAUAUGAAACAAUACUGCGAAAUAAGUUUUUUUACACCAUAUCUUAAUUUCAAUUAAAUGCUAGUUGUUAUCUCAUUGGAUUGUGGUGCUUUUUAAGUCAAUCAAGCUUUAAGUAUUUUUACUGAAGGAAAGUGCAAUUUAAUGUUGUGUAAUCUAUACAAAAGUUACUUACUCUGGGAAAUGUCAUGUCAUAAAGGGUAACUUGCCUGUAGAGUGAAAUGACUACCCUUGAAUAUGUUACCUGUAGAAUAAAAUGGGAUACCCAAAGAUAAUCCUGAUGACUGCUGUUGCAUGAAACAUAUAUACAAAGCUAUAUUUGAA